GAAGGAUGUUGAUGUCAUUGUCAAGGUGAGGGCGGCAACGCAGGAGACACUGGCUUUUGGGAUUCGCGGAGAGCACGAUCUUUGGCACAAAGAGAAGGGUUGAAAUCUAGACAGUUGCUGGCGCCGAGUGCACGUGUUUUCAGGAGAUGCAUGCCUUGCGUAUUUCUUGUAGCGGCGUUCUCUUGCGCAAAGGUUUCAACUUGUAAGUCCGCAUCAAAGGGCGGGCUGCUGAAUGGGCAGGGUGUGAAAUGGGCAGGGUGUGAAGCAUCGUGCUGGCGGGUGUGGAAUAGUGGAAGCUGCGGGACAGUAUCACCUGGUCUGUGUCAAACUGUAGGAAGAUUCGCAAGCAUCUAGUUUGUUCGACGCCUGGUCUCCUUGCAGAUGGGGCACAGCGGCGGGCAGGCAGCCCGUUCGCUACGCCGUCCUUUUGCCCUUGCAGCUCUUCUCUUGAGCUCCUGGUUUGCAUCUAGUACAGCGCAGUAUAUUGCGCUUAAUUGCGGAGGGCUGACGAGUGCCAAAAAUGUGAAUCUUCCGAGCUACUAUGGGAGUGUGAGCUACGGCUUGGGCCCGGACUACCAGGGCAAUAACUCGUACACCGCCAGUGAUGGCACGCAGUACUUGGCAGACGCGUACUAUCAGGGAACAUCGAACCAUGUGACGGACUACUACGACGUCCCAAUCGCAAACACCAAGGACCCCAAGCUGUAUCAGACGGAGCGUUAUGGUUUAGAUCUGUACUACGAGUUCAAUCUCCCGAACGGCGCGUACACCGUCGAGAUGCACUUUGCUGAGUGCCUGUACCAGCAGCGCGGGCAGCGCCAGUUCUACAUUCUAGUUCAGGGGGUCCAGGUGGAAGACCGCUUUGACAUCGUGGCGCAAGCAGGGGCGUGGAACACGGCCCUCGUGAAGCAGUAUUCUGCGACUGUCACCAACAGCCUCCUGGAGAUUUACAUGAACUCGCAGGUUUACGAGGCGCAGGUGUGCGCGAUCAAGGUCUUCCCGGCCAGUGCCAGCAGGGACGGGUCCAACCCUGGCAGCCUGCUGUACCCGCCACCCUCCCAGAUAAGGAUUGAUAGCGGCAGCAGCGCUGACGCGUAUUACCAGGGGGGCACCGCCGCGGCCUCUCCCGUAGCAACCACCGGAACCACCCUCCCAACUUAUUUCCAAACCUACCGCACUGGCGCGAACGUGGUUUACUAUCUCAAUCUUCCCAACGGCGACUACACGGUCGAGUUCUCCUUUGUCGAGCCGCAGUACUCGUCAGCGGGGCAGCGCAAGAUGGACGUAUACAUGCAGACGGUUCCGGUGUUCAGGAACUUGGAUAUCUUCGCGAAUGCAAAGGGGCAGAACGUGGCGCUGGUCGUGGCGGCCGCGGCGCACGUGCCGAACGGGCUGCUAAGGAUCCAGUUUGUGGCGACACAGGGGACGGUGGUGAUCUCUGGGAUCAACGUGUAUCCGCUGACGAGUUCCACCAACACCCAGGUCGCCAUCAACUGUGGGUCCCCCCUGGACAUUCUCGCGGGCACGGGCGUGAUCUACACGACAGACACGUACUUCUCCGGGGGCACUGCCCUGGUGACGCAGCCGUACCAAGUGUUUCUGCCGUACCUCAAUCUGUGGGACGACUUCCUCUACGUCAGCGCCCGCAUAGGAGCCUCUGUAUAUACCAUCCCUGUGCCGAAUGGGUACUAUGUGGUGGAGUUCCGGUUGGCGGAGAUCGAGGACAAGAAGGCGGGGGAGCGCGUGUUUAGCAUCGCGGUGCAGGGCCAGCAAGUCUACAGCGCCGUCGACAUCGUCGGCCUAACUGGCGGCGUGAUCACGCCCAUCAUUUUGACCGCCCCCGCAGUUGUCACCUCCGGCGUCGUCACAAUCCGUUUCUCCGACAACGCCCUCAUCAACGGUCUCUACGUUCGGCCGAGCAUUCCCACCGGCCCGUCCCUCUUACAAGGCCCCGCGGCAGCGCCCGUGCUACCCUUCGCUCCCGUCCCGGCCCCUCUCUCCCGGUUCCCUUCCCCUGCGCCCGCGCCUGCGCCAGCGCCAAAACUCGCGCCCCGGCCCGCUCCAGUUCCCGCGCCCGCCCCUGCCCCCAACUCCGGGGUCUUGCUGGCGAUCGACAUCGGUGAACCGGAUGCGAACUACACGUCAACGAGCAUGGGGAUGAACUUUGCGGCGGACGUGACGCCCUGCCUGGUCGGGGGCCAGAACGGGACGGGGGUAGUACCGGUCGGGAGGCCGUUUUGCUGGUCGAAUUCCGGGGACAUUGAGGGGGGGCUGUACCGGGUCCCGGCAAAUGCACCGAUUGCAAACACGACGGAUGCCACGUUGUAUCAGACGGCAAGGUACGGAGGCGUUGGGUUUUCGAUCAAUCUGCCCAACGGUUUCUAUAACGUGACCAGCUAUUUUGCGGAGCUGGAUAGGACAGUAGUGUUGGGCGAUCGCGUUUUCCACAUAGCAUAUAACGGAGUAGUCCUGGCGCCCAAUGUUGACCCUUUGGCGGCUGCGGGGGGUGCCCUCUACACGGCAAUCGAGCCGGUUGUGAAGAAAGUGACGGUGACGGAAGGGGUGCUUAGAAUACAGCUCCUGCCGACAUUGCCUCCUUCCAAACGGCCACCUUUUUUGAGCGCGCUGUCCGUACGAGCUGCAUAGGAAUGACAGGGUGGGCAAGGAUGGGCAAGCAGGCGGUGUUAACAGGGGGCUUUUGGAACAGUGGACUGCAUUUGAGGUUGCACGUAGUGGCCUUUACGGACUUGGAAGCACAGCGGAUUAAUAAGUUAUUCAGAGAAAACUGUAAAGAUCAAGAUCGGCGUUGAUGGCCUGAGGCACUUGCUCGGACGGUACUCAGGCCCCCCAGCGUUGUUCAUGUGAUGUUUGUCAAUACUAUUUGUAGUAGAACACACUAGGUAUUGAUUGCAGUCUAGCAUUAAGGACAUACCAACAUUCUUUAUUCAACAUACACACCUUCUGAUAAAUCCUCGAUCUGGGGUUCCGUGCAAAAUUUGGAAGCGAC